ACCCUUCUCUUGUCUUGUCCCCACCCUAUCGCUGCAAUCCACAUGCUCUCUUACUUGCCCUUCUACUUAGUCUCACGUUUCAAUCUUCUUUCCCUUACCCUCUUUUUUUUAAUUUUAUUUUUAUUUUUCAAUCAUCCCAUAUUCUCUACGUUUAACAAUUCACAAUUCACAAUUCACAUCCCUCGAAGAUAUUAUUUGCCACCUAAUCUCCAUUGAUCAUUAUCAUUAUUUAAUAUUUUUAAUUAAUUUAAUCCAAUCUCUCACCCUUAGUGUCUUUAUAAGGUCCACGUUCACUGCACCCUUUCACAACUCCCUUGUUCCUCUUCUUUCUCUUUCUCAAUCUCAGGCAAAUGGGUUCUACUAGGUUGUUCGCGCUGCUAUUCAUGUUCAUGGCGGUUUCAUCGGCCUUGGACAUGUCGAUUAUCUCGUACGACAAGACUCACCUAGACAAGUCCACUCAGAGGACCGACGAGAAGGUGAUGACCAUGUACGAAGAGUGGCUGGUGAAGCACGGCAAGGUCUAUAACGCUCUUGGGGAGAAGGAUAAGAGGUUCGAGAUCUUCAAGGACAACCUACGGUUCAUCGACGACCACAAUGCUGAGAACCGUACCUACAAGUUGGGUCUGAACAGGUUCGCUGAUCUAACCAACGAGGAGUACAGGGCUGGAUACUUGGGAACCCGGAUCGAUCCCAACCGGAGGAUGGUUAGGACGAGGAACAAGAGCAACCGUUAUGCGCCACGUGUCGGUGACAAACUUCCGGAUUUUGUUGAUUGGAGACAGGAAGGUGCCGUUGUCCCAGUCAAGGACCAAGGAAGCUGCGGGAGCUGUUGGGCAUUCUCAGCAAUUUCUGCAGUGGAAGGAAUAAACAAGAUAGUGACAGGUGAUCUAAUUUCAUUAUCAGAACAAGAGUUGGUGGAUUGUGAUACAUCAUAUAACCAAGGAUGCAAUGGUGGACUCAUGGACUAUGCCUUUGAUUUCAUCAUCAAUAAUGGUGGCAUCGAUUCUGAUGAGGAUUACCCUUACCGUGGUGUUGAUGGUAGAUGUGAUCAAUAUAGAAAAAAUGCUAAAGUUGUUGUAAUUGAUGACUAUGAAGAUGUUCCUUCUUAUGAUGAGUUAGCCUUGAAAAAGGCUGUUGCAAAUCAGCCAGUGAGCGUAGCUAUUGAAGGAGGGGGCAGGGAAUUUCAGUUAUAUAUAUCGGGUAUAUUUAGUGGGAGAUGUGGGACAGCACUAGACCAUGGUGUCGCGGCUGUUGGGUAUGGUACAGCAGAUGGUCAUGAUUACUGGCUUGUUAGAAAUUCGUGGGGUACUAGCUGGGGAGAGGAAGGCUAUAUCAGAAUGGAGCGAAAUUUGGGUACAAGUAGAUCAGGGAAGUGUGGAAUUGCAAUUGAGCCAUCUUAUCCCAUUAAGAAGGGUCCAAAUCCCCCAAAUCCUGGACCAUCACCUCCUUCACCUGUGAAGCCACCAAAUGUUUGUGACAACUACUACAGCUGUUCUGACUCUGCUACUUGUUGCUGUAUUUUUGAGUUUGGAAACUCUUGCUUUGAGUGGGGUUGCUGUCCUCUUGAGGGUGCUACCUGCUGUGAAGACCACUACAGUUGCUGCCCCCAUGACUAUCCCAUCUGCAACAUUUAUGCAGGAACUUGCCUCAGGAGCAAGAACAACCCAUUUGGAGUUAAGGCAUUGAGGCGAACCCCAGCUAAACCCCAUUGGGCCUUUGGAGCUAAUAACAAGGUUAAGGGUGCUUAAAUUGUUGAAGGGAAUGUGUACGUGUAGGAGCUGACGACAAAGUCAAGGGAAGAGGAAAGACUAAAACACCAGCUGAUACACUUCCCUUUUUACUACAUUCAUGAUACUGCACGUAACAUGCAUUUCUUCUCCAUUCUAUGAUACAAACAGAUACAUUCUGUGUCAAAUUUCCGUAAGACAUUGGCCGUGUACAUAUGGUUAUAUUUACGUACUGUAUUUGUAUUCAAAUUCCAAACAGCGAAGCUAUUGACUGCUGUUAGGUUACAACUUCUGUAGAUUAUAUGAUUGCUAUGAAGCAAUGAUUGGAUUUAUCCAAUAUUGAAAUGCUACUUUAUUUACUUCC